AUGUUUCAAGUGUCGUUAGUCUUCUUGUUUUUCAUCUUUUUCCUAGUUAAAAAAUGUCUUGCCAAAAAGAUUCUACUCCCUCCUGGCCCUCCAAAGCUACCGAUAAUCGGUAACAUGAACCACCUUGUACAUCCAUCACCACACCGAGUCCUCCACGAUUUGGCCAUGAAGUACGGUCCCAUCAUGCACCUAAAACUCGGGUUCAUUUCCACUAUCGUUGUUUCCUCGGCUGAAAUGGCUAAAGAGAUCAUGAAGACUCAUGAUAGUAUCUUUUCUAACCGCCCAAUGCUUGUCGCUCCAAAAAUAUUAGGCUAUAACUACACUGAUAUUGCAUUUGCUCCUUAUGGGUCUUAUUGGAGACAACUUAAGAAGAUUUGUGUUGUUGAGCUCUCAACAACUAAAAGCAUGGAUUCAACAAGGUUUAUACGUGAACAAGAAGUGAAUUCGUUUGUUCGUGCGGUUAGUGAAAGUUCUGAGCCAGUAAUAGACUUGGCAGAAAGGCUUUUUGCUUUAAAUCAUAAUAUUAUCACUAGGAUUACGUUUGGUGGUGAUAAGUUUAACGAUGAAUUGAGGUUUCGAAUGGCAAUUAGAGCGGGGAAUGCAUUGGCAGCCGGAUUUCAAAUUGGGGAUUUCUUUCCUUCCCUUGGUUUUGUUGCUAAGUUAACGGGAAUGAAUGCCAAGAUGGAAAAGUGUCUUGUGGAGAUUAACAACAUCAUGGACGAAAAAAUACAACAUCAUAUCGAGCAACGUAAACUUAAGAAGCCAGAACGUGAGUGUCUUGUUGAUGUUCUGCUAAGGGUUAAGGAGAAAGGAGGCCUCGAAGAACCACUAACACUCGACAACAUAAAGUCUGUACUCUUGGAUGUGUUCACGGGAGCAAGUGAGAAUUCACCGAACAUAGUGGAGUGGGCGAUGACAGAGAUGUUAAGAAACCCGACCAUGAUGAAAAAGGCACAAUCCGAGGUCAGGGAGCUCAUCCGUGCAAAAGAGAAACCAGCUAUAGAAGAAACCGAUCUAACAAAACUUAGCUACAUGAAAAUGGUUAUCAAGGAGACACUAAGGUUUCACCCACCGGUUCCUCUAUUGCUCCCAAGAGAGUCUAUGGAGAAAUGCACAAUCAACGGUUUUGAAAUCCCUUCUAAAACCCGAGUGCUUAUCAACUAUUGGGCCAUCAGUCGGGAUCCUAACAGCUGGAAGGAUCCCGAUGUGUUCAACCCUGAGAGGUUUCAGGAUGAAACCAAAGAUUAUAGAGGUUAUGACUUUGAAUACAUCCCUUUUGGCGCUGGUCGCAGAGUUUGUCCAGGAAUAUCAUUAGGAAUGGCUAGUACCGAGCUUUCUUUAGCUUCUUUGCUUUACCAUUUCGAUUGGGAGCUAGCUCAUGGAGAGAAACCCGAAGACUUAGACAUGAAUGAGUCCUUUGAAAUCACUUGUCACAAGACUUGUAGUCUCCAACUCGUUCCUACUCUACGUUUUCCUAUAAUAGCCUAG